UCCGCUCAGGAGUGGAGAAAAGAGGUUGGCGGUGCUUUGUUUCUUCAGCGUCAUCGCAGACGGGAGGCUAUUGCAAAGCGGCGCGUAGCCGCUCUAUCCACACAACCUGAGGCGCCAGUUGUCGUGGAUAUGGGCCCUUUAACGUUUGCUCAAGAUGUGCAGAGCCUGAACCCUCCUCCGGUAGACGCCAAAGAGAAAAUGUUGCGAAAUGCUCUUGGACUAGGAGACGAACCUGAAAUAUGGUCCACUCGCGCCCGUGUGUUUCGCAAGAUCAGCUGUUUGGGCUACUUUGUCGUAUCUCCUCAUUACGUUGGGUUCUGGGGAAAGUACGUGAUGAAGGAAGACGUAAAAUACCGGCUACCAAUGCGAAUCAUCAAUUCUGCUUCACCUAUCAGUGGAAAGAUUUUGAAAAUCCACGGACUUCGUCUCGAGCUCGAAGGUUCCCCCGACCUUAAAUUCCAGUUCAAAACCCAGGAUAUUAGGGAUGAAGUGAUACGCCGUAUCAACGUAUCCCGCUACCUCCUUGUCCCCGAAUCUUCCAUUUUCUCAACUCCGGCAUUGUCAACUUCAUCAUCUUCCACUCCCACACGGGGUUCUAGGCCAAGUACACCUCAAAGCUCAAAUUUCUCCUUAACCCCUACGUCACCCCCUACUUCACCCGCUAGAAGCGCCCUCGAUGCUAUUUCUCCUCUAGAGCGCGGUACAGCGCUCUUAGCUUCCGCAGGCAUGAAAUACCCAAUAUCCGCCAUACUAUCGCUUCCAAAAGUCAUAAAUAUGGAAUCCAAUGUUUUGAUCAGUCGUCCUUCCAUGCAUUUUGUAUGUCUUACCAUUGGCUCGAGAGGAGAUGUCCAACCAUAUAUCGCAUUGGGUGUCGGUCUCAAGAAGGAACAUCAUAGAGUUACGAUUGUCACGCACGAAGAAUACCGGGAAUGGAUAGAAGGGUUUGGAUUGGAGUUCAAGCAGGCUGGAGGCGAUCCUGGUGCUCUCAUGAAGCUCAGUGUAGAGAAUAAGAUGUUUUCUCCAGAGUUCUUCAAAGAAAGCCUUGCAAAUUUUCGCCCUUGGCUCGAUCAACUGCUCGUCGAUGCUUGGGAAUCAUGUCAAGGCGCGGAUGUAUUACUCGAGAGUCCAAGUGCCAUGGCAGGGGUCCAUAUCGCGGAAGCCUUACACAUUCCAUAUUUCCGCACAUUCACGAUGCCAUGGACAAAGACCUCUGAAUUUCCCCAUGCGUUUCUUUCGCCGCCGGUAGACUCCCCCACAUUCAACAGCGCGUCUUAUGUCUUGUUCAACAACGUGAUGUGGGCUGCAACCUCUGGACAAAUCAAUCGUUGGAGAAGGAAUACUCUCCAGAUUGGGAAUACCGAUAUGGGACACUUAGUGCAAUCGAAGAUUGUUUUUAUAUACAACUUUUCUCAGGCCGUUGUUCCAAAACCUCUUGACUGGGGUGAUUCUAUCUCUAUUUCUGGAUACUGGUUCCUAGACAACCCAGACUUGGAUUGGGAACCUCCUGAGUCUCUCGUCGCCUGGAUGGAGAAAGCUAGAACUGAUGGCAAGCCUAUUGUGUACGUCGGCUUUGGAAGUAUCACUGUGCCCGAUCCGAACCGUGUAACAUCGCGAAUCAUUGAAGCUGUUUUGAAAAGUCAGUACAUGAUUCUUUAUUCCAGUCGUCUACUCCAAUCUCUUUCCGUUGUUCUUCAUUAGGUGACGUUCGUGCUAUCAUCUCCAAAGGAUGGUCCGCCAGGAUGAGUAAACCUGAUGGCAAA